AUGCUUGAGUGUCUGAUUGACAACUUAGGUGCAGUUUUUGGAGAUCAAGUCUUCCACCAAUCUGUCGGAAUUCCCAAGGGGAAUAUUUUCUUUACCAAGCCGAAAAUAUUCCCGCAUUUUGGAAAGACAAUCGACGGUGACCGACACCGUGGUCACAAAGUGUCCCCACGAGGACCCCCGUCAUGGUCAAACAGUCAUUCCCCCGUUCACAGACCCCACCAAGUCCACAGCAACUCAUGGCAACAAGUCACAAGGACAUCCAAGCAUACUCAUACAGUAACCUUUGCAUCUAAUACCGAUGUUCAACCAACGAAGCGCCCAGCAACGACGCUGAGAUCUCACGAGUCCACCUCGUUUUCGGAGUGGAGAAGGAGCUGGGAGAGGGAGCAUGCUUCUGUCUGUGGGAAACAACAUUUUGCUCCUUAUGGUGCCCAGCUCAGGAUUAUGGGAGGCAUGAGUGCUCGAAAAGGCAGCUGGCCCUGGAUGGUUUCUGUAUAUUUUAUCCCAUUUCGCCAAUCCGUAUGUGGUGGAGUUCUCAUCGACAACGCGUGGUUUCUCACCGCUGCUCACUGUUUUGAUCCACCUCUGAGUGCUGAAAAAGAGUUCAUGAUAAUCCGAUUAGGAUUACAUAAUGUAACUUCGCCAAUGAAUAGAAACUCUGUUGAACAACAAAGAAAAGUACAACAAAUAUUCAAGUAUCCUGGAUACGGCACCAAUUUUAGUUUUCCUUUUGAUAAUGAUAUAGCGUUAGUCAAGUUAAACUAUCCAGUUGAAACCACGGAUUACGUCAGUCCACUGUGUUUGCCAAAUGAGGUAGAAAGAAAUAAAACUCGAUGCGUUGUGACUGGAUGGGGUAUAAAGAGAACUCCGAAUGCGUCCAAUCCUAAUGAACCCGAUCCAAUGGCCUGGCCAGAUAAUCUACAACAAGCCACAGUCCCUCUUAUUGAAUAUGGAGAGUGUAAAGCAAAAGAAGGAUACAUAGGGAAACUGACACCCAACAUGCUAUGUGCUGGAUACCGUGAAGGACAUGUCGACACAUGUAAUGGAGACAGCGGAGGCCCGCUCCAGUGUAUGAGAGAAGGUGUUUGGCAUGUCACAGGCAUAACGAGCUGGGGAGGAAAGACUUACAGAGAGUGUGCGGAGGCAGAUCAGCCAGGCGUGUAUACCAAAGUCUUAAGUUACAGAGAAUGGAUACUUACAACAAUGUACAAUAAUAAUGGACCAUUCCUAACAGGGCAUUCGUACUUAGCGUACCCUUGCUGCAUUAUGCUAUUUUUGGCGAUUUUGGCCUUCGUAGCCUUCGAUCCAGCUUUGGGAUCGCUUCCUAACAACACAGGAUGUGGGGUACCACACUACAAACCUAACUCACCCGUGAAAAGGGUUGUUGGAGGGGAGCAGGUGGCCCCAAACAGCUGGCCCUGGAUGGCGUUGCUUAAGUUUGAUGGUCAUUUGACGUGUGGUGGAACAGUGGUCAGGAAUGACAACAACACAUUGGUCAUCAUCACCUCAGCGGCUUGUGUAGAUGGAACAUUGGCCGAUGAAACAAGAUGGCAAGUUCGACUGGGUGUGUUCAGUAGGGCCUCGGCAAUCUUUGAGCCAUACUAUCAAGAGUUCAGAGUAAAGAAAAUCGUACAGCACCCCGAUUACCAACCGAGCACGUUCUCUAAUGAUAUCGCACUCAUGUUCGUCGACGGUGUCAUCCAAGAGACGGAGGGAGUCAGUCCAGCUUGUGUAACGAGAGAAAUGUACUCACCCGGAGAAAACUGUGUUACACUUGGCUGGGGAGUCACUAGUCAAGGUGGAGAAACAACAGAUAGACUUCAGCAGGUAUUCAAACCAAUUCUUGGCGCUGAUACCUGUCUCCAGCAACUUAGUAACCUGUUUAACAGAGUAACAAUGCUCUGUGCCGGGAGAGACGAAGGAGGAGCAGGUGCUUGCACUAGAGACACAGGCGGUCCCCUUCUUUGUAAAAGAAAUGAUGUAUGGUACCUGACUGGCAUCGUCAGUUGGGGUUUUGGCUGCGGAACUGCAGGAUUACCACCCGUGUAUACUCACGUGUUCGAAUAUGUCACAUCCGGGUGGCUUAAAACUGAAGGGGACAUCUAAAGUAUAAUAAAA